AUGCGAGAAAUCCGAGAAAACAACAUCAAGUGGAUGGUGCGACCACAGUAUUAUUUGCCGCAUGACUGUGUAAAAAAAGAGUUCAGUGUCACCACUAAACUAAGAGUGGUGUUUGACGGCUCUAGUAAAGGCAGCAACGGAAUCUCUCUGAAUGACGCUCUCGUGUCCGGUCCACUGUACCGGCAGAUAAGGCUGGACGAGAAUCAAGUGCUGCUACAACGUAUCGUUUGGAGAGAGAAUUCAACGGAAGAGAUCAAAACUUAUGAGUUGUUAAGUUUAACUUACAGGCAGACAGCACCAACAUCAUUCCUAGUCACUAAGGCGAUUCAGCAGUUGGCCGAUAUAGAAGAAAAGCAGUUUCCUAAAGGUGCAGCGAUAGCUAGCAAGGACUUUUAUAUGGAUGACUUUCUGACAGGAGUGGAUACCAUGGAGGAGGCGAUCAUCAUUCGGAAUCAAGUAACAAAGUUACUCGCAAAGGGUGGAUUCGUCCUAAGAAAGUGGACCUCCAACAAUAAAGAGUUGCUUAAGGAUAUGCCGGAGUGCGCUGAUCCGCAGGAGGAUGCCUUCCAGUAUUUUAUUAAGAUACCUCGUCUUGUAACAUGCACGAAGAAGAUUAUGUUAUCAAGUAUCGCUCAGAUAUUUGAUCCGCUUGGGCUAUUAGCUCCUGUAAUAAUCACAGCCAAGAUACUAAUUCAGGAGUUAUGGAGACUGCAACUGGACUGGGAUGAGUCCCUACCGGCAGAUAUUUUCGCUAAAUGGGCCAACUGCGUUGAGAAUAUGCAGUAUCUACAAGGGUUCCAUGUGCCGCGUCGCGUCCUUGAAAAUGGCAGCAAGAGGAAGAUCCAAUUACAUGGAUUUAGUGAUGCUAGUGAGAAGGUUUACGGUGCGUGCGUCUACUUGAGAAGCUUUGAUCAAAACGAAACGGUUCAAUCAUACUUGUUGUGUGCCAAGUCUAGAGUGGCUCCGCUCCGAGCAGUUUCGAUUCCCAGAUUAGAAUUAUGCGGUGCUCAAUUGUUGGUGCAAUUUACGAGCAAGGUCAAGACGGUAUUGAGCUUAAAUAUAGCUAAGGUUUACUAUUGGACGGACUCGUCCAUAGUCCUGCAUUGGAUCAAAGCAACAAAUAAAAAAUUGCCUUUAUGGUGGAAUAGACCUCCAUGGCUGAAGGAUCAGAUUCAGGUUGAUCAAUUAUUAGACUCAAACAACGUUGAAGAGGAUCAAUCCGACUUUUUGAACGAGCAAGUCGUGUUAACGACAAUUCAACAACCAGCGGAAAAUUUUAUAAAUAGAUUCUCUAUGUUCCAGAGACUUGUACGUGCAGCCACUUGCAUACGAUUCGCGCAACAAUGCAGAAGAAACAAAAAAGAAUCAUCUCAAGUCUUAACUUUAGAAGAGUUAAAGUAUGCCAAGAAGCGUUUAAUCGGAAUGGAACAAUUGUUGGCCUUUCAAUCAGAGAUACAAGCCUUACGAUCAAAUAAGCCGAUACCUAGGAAUAGUAGCUUAAAAUAUUUUAAUCCUUUUUUAGACGAUAAAGGUUUACUGCGUGUAAGUGGUAGGCUGCGACAUGCAGAUUUAGGAUACGACGUUAAGCAUCAGUUAGUAUUGCCUCAUCAUUUGAAACUAAUAGAGCUAAUAAUCAUACACGAACAUGUAAGAAAUUUUCAUGCAGGCGCGAACGCUUCGUUGGCGUCGGUCCGUCAAUUUUAUUGGUCUCUUAGGGCGCGCGUCAAAGCUGUCCAUUUGGAGAUUGUUUCAGAUCUAAGCACGGAGGCAUUUUUAAAUGCAUUUAAACAAUUAGCCGUCGAGGAAAACCGGCCAAUGUAUAAAGCGAUACUGGCAUGCGAUAAUUUUGUGGGCGCCAAUCGAGAGUUGGACAGAUGCAGAGAGCUCUUAUCAUAUGAAAAGAGACGCAAUAUUAUUAAUUUCUCGGAUACCGAAGGAAUUAAAUGGCUCUUAACUUCUGCUUGUGCACGUCACUUUGGAGGUCUAUGGGAGAGCGCAGUAAAGUCCUUCAAGGCUCAUUUUUAUAAGAGCGCAGCAGAUACGGUUAUGACGUUCGAGGAGGCGUCUACUUUAGUUUCUCAGAUAGAAGCUAUUUUAAACUUGCGUUCUUUAAUUGCAAUAUCAACCGAUCCUAAUGAUCUAAAUUAUUUGUCUCCAAGUUAUUUUUUUAUAGGUACUACGUUAACUUCAUAUCCGGAGUUAGAUUUAGCCGAUGUAACGAUUGGAAGACCUCAACUCCAAGUCGGACAGCUGGUCCUUUGUAAAGAAGACAACUUACCGCCGUUAAAAUGGGCGCUCGGUCGAGUGAAAGAGGUUUUUCCAGAAUCUGACAAGGUCGUCAGGACAGCUAUAGUCAAAACAGCUAACGGAGAAUACAAACGUCCAGCGGUGAAGCUAUGUAUAUUACCCACCAAAAAUUGUCUGAAUAAGAGUAGCAAUGUGUAA